AUGGUCAUACAUACACUUUAUUCGCAUUUCUUUAUAAAUUUUGUAUAUCAAAACUACGAACCGCAAGAAGUUUUUUUUUCGAAUUCCAAUGAUUUUCAAUUUGACUUUGCAUGUCCCAGUUUUCAAGACAUUGACAAUGGCGAACAGCGCUUGAUUGCAGACGAACUAGAAAAUAUGGAGGUCUUUAAUGUCACCUGGCAAUUUGGUCAGUAA